CGAGCGGAAGUAAAUAUUCUCCAUGGCACACUAGUGACUAGAGAGAGGGGACGAAGUAGCAACUUAAGCGCGGAUGCUACUUGUUUUUUAUUGAAUUGAAAUCGCCCAAACUCUUCAGAGUUAGUAGGUUCCGCGUCGAGAUACGACAGACUCGCUCCGUCUGCAUUUUGACAGCGGAUACUUCGCGGGUAUUGGGGAACCGUGCAGCACGUUUGGGGCCUGGAAAGACGUAUGCUAAGGUAGCUAGCGUAGCGAACGUUAACGCGGUAGCUCGGCCAAAGACUACUGAAAGGGGGGCACCGACCCAAUUGGUUUUUAACUCUGGCCGCGGUGGAGGGAAAGUUCGGCUGGACCUAAGAUGAUCAUUGAAAACCUCGAUGCCUUGAAAACAUGGCUGUCUGAAACCCUCGAGCCCAUUUGUGAUGCAGACCCCUCUGCCCUCGCAAAGUAUGUUGUUGCUUUGGUGAAGAAGGACAAAACUGAGAAGGAACUGAAAGCCCUGUGUAUAGACCAACUGGAUGUAUUUCUUCAAAAGGAGACCCAGCAGUUUGUGGAUAAGUUGUUUGAAGCCAUUAGCAACAAAAGCUACCUCCCUCAGCCGGAGCAACCAUCCGCUGUGGUCAAAGUUGAGAAAGAAGAGCAGAAGAAGGAUGAGGCAAAUCGGGAGGAAGAACGAGACAAGAAGUUUUCCCGCCGAGUGAAUCACAGCCCGCCACAGUCGAGCUCACGUUACAGUAGAGAUAGCAGGCGAGGAGAUGACCGUAAGAGAGACGAUCGCUCCAGGAAGAGGGAUUACGAUCGCAACCCGCCACGGAGAGACUCGUACCGCGAUCGAUACAAUCGCAGAAGAGGCCGGAGCCGCAGUUACAGUCGCAGCCGCAGUCGGAGCUGGAGCAAAGACCGCGUCCGAGACCGCGAGAGGGACAGGGACAGAGAAAGGGACAGAGACAGAGAGAGGGAACGGGAUCGCAGCAGGAGCCGGACCCUCAGCAGAACUCGCUCUAGGAGCAGGAGUAGAGAACGGGAUUCGGGGAAACUGAAGUAUGAUCAUGACCGAGCGGACAGGCCAGAGGGCGGCGACGGCUACGCCCCGACAUCCCUCGUCUCCACUGCGACUACUACACACUUCCCUGUGCCGACGUUGAGCAGCACCAUCACAGUUAUCGCCCCCACUCAUCAUCACAGCAACAACACCACUGAAAGCUGGUCAGACUUUCACCCAGAGCCCCCUGUGGACCGUGGACCUUUUAUUAGGGGACCACCCCCUCAACAGAGAAAGCGAUGCCGCGACUAUGAUGAAAAGGGCUUCUGCAUGCGAGGGGACAUGUGUCCUUUCGAUCAUGGGAGUGAUCCAGUUGUAGUGGAGGAUGUCAAUUUGCCCAAUAUGUUGCCCUUCCAACCACCAAUCCCAGGUGUGGAACCACAGCCGCCCCCAGGCCUCCCACCACCGCCUCCUCUCAUGAACCCACCACCCGUGAACCUUCGGCCCCCUGUGCCUCCGCCGGGUGCCCUCCCACCGAGCCUUCCCCCUAUCGCAGGUCCUCCGCCCCCGCUUCCUCCUCUGCAACCAGCGGGCAUGGAUGCGCCUCCUAAUUCCAUGACCAGCUCGGUUCCCACCAUCGUCACUUCGGGGAUGCGCUCCUCCCUUCCUCAGGCCUCGGUGCCGCGCUUCACCCCUGACCGCUAUGAGACAGAUGUGUACAAUCCCGAGGCUCCCAGCAUCACUAAUACCCCGAGGCCGAUGUACCGCCACCGAGUGAACGCCCAGAGACCCAACCUGAUUGGCCUCACAAUGGGGGACGUCGACCACCCUCAGCGAGACAAGAUUCCCAACAACAGUAUGAGAAUCGUCAUGGAGUCUGACCCAAGGAAGAGAUCAGCAGCCUCCCAUGAUGGAGGCCUCCUCGCAAAGAAACCCUGGUUUGAUAAAUCCAACUUUAACAGACCAAACCACCAGGGCUUCCACAAAAGGCCUCAGUUCUCUCAGAACGCCAAGCUGCUUGUUCGGCAAAUUCCCCCUGAGCUCAACAACAUCAGCAAACUCAACGAACAUUUCAGCAAGUUCGGCACCAUCGUCAACCUGCAGGUGGCCUACCAGAACGACCCAGAGGGGGCGCUCAUCCAGUUUGCCUCUCCAGACGAGGCCAGGCGCGCUGUGCAAAGCACAGAGGCUGUGCUCAACAACCGUUUCAUCAGGGUGCACUGGUUCCGUGAGGACGGCAGCGACGGGCAGGGCCAGGCUCACUCACAGCAGCAGCCACAGCCGAACACGCCUUCAGCCACCUCUCUGAAGCAGUCUGUUAAAGAUCGCCUUGGACCGCUUCUCCCUGCGAACUCUGAGCCUUCCCAGGAUUCCAGCGUAGCUUCUCAGAAUUCUUCUAAAGUAUCAGUGAAGGACCGUUUGGGUUUCUCUGCCAAACCGACAGCUCCCGUUGAAAAGGUGUUUUCGACGUCCACGGGCCUGACUAAGACCGUGUACAAUGCUGCUGCGAUGAAGGCAGCCCAGAGGACCUCAGAGGAAGCCCUGAAGAAGAAGCAGGAAGCCCUGAAACUGCAGCAGGAUGUAAGGAAGAAGAAGCAGGAAAUACUGGAGAAGCACAUUGAGACUCAAAAGCUCCUCAUAUCCAAACUCGAGAAAAACAAACCAAUGAAAGCAGAGGAUAAAGCCAAGAUCAUGGAAACGUUGGGCAUGUUAACUAAGAGCAUUACCAAACUGCAAGAGGAGAUAAAGGGGAUCUCGAGCAGCAGCAACCUGCUCCGGACAGCCAAGAGCAAGGCCCAGGCACAGAAAGAACUGCUUGAUGCAGAGUUGGACCUGUAUAAGAAGUCUCAGGCUGGAGAGGACACUGCUCUGCUGAAGAUGAAGUAUACCCAGCUGCAAAUCGAGGCUGCCAAGAGGGGAAUCCUGUCACCAGGCCGAGGCCGAGGCGCUCACCCUCGGGGCCGCGGUGCCGUAAGGGCCAGAGGACGGGGCGCCAGGGGCCGCGGCAGAGGUGCAACGGUGCACGCGGUCGUGGACCACAGGCCGAGAGCGCUGGAAAUCUCCGGGUUCACGGAUUCGGACCGCAUAGACUUGCUGCCACACUUUGCUCAAUUCGGAGAGAUUGAAGAUUGUCAGAUCGACGAGAACAACCUGUCUGCGGUCAUCACGUACAAUACGAGAGCAGAGGCAGAACAGGCCGCUCUUCACGGUGUGAGGCUGAACAACCAGACUCUACGCCUGGCUUGGCAUAAGCCCGUCUCGACUCUCAGCACCGCGGACGCUGACGAGACUGAACCAGAGGAGGAUGAGUACCCAGAAGAGUCGCUGAGUGACGACGCGUUGCUGCAGGAUGACGACGAGGAAGAGGACGACAACGAGCCCCGGUCCUGGCGCAGAUGAAGCUCAAGUCAGACACUCCUUCCUGGUGGCGCCGCCGCGGAGGACGACCUACAAUCCAGCAACGAUUUCAAUGCCUGUUUAUGAAUCAGUAAUAAGGCACAUUUCAAUUUGGCUUGACUUCUUCCUCUCUAAACAUAUAUAUACAUACAUGCAUAUAUAUAUAUAUAUAUGUGACUGGCAGAGGUACCUUGUGUGAGUUUGAUUAGUUUUAUUGUGCAUACCAGAUGUGCUGAAUUUUUUUAAUGCUCUUAAUGUAGUUUUUUUUUUUCCCCACUAAUACAGAUAGCUUGUCUAAAUGUGUGACAGUGGAUCACUCACAGACACAUUUGUUGACCUCUCAGUUUAAAACAAACAAAAAAAACAAACCUGUGUUGUAAUUUCACUGACAGACUGUAGCAUUUGCAGGAUAGUAUUAGGUUGACUGGUUUCAAUGCUUGUGUGUAAAUAUUUUAUGCCUGGGGUUUAAAUGAUUUGUAUGAAAGCUUGGCUUCUCAGUUCUUGGCUUUACUUUGGAUUGUACAAAAAAAAAUAAAGAAUUGAAAUGGUCUCAAUACCCUGCCAAAAAAAAAAAAAGAAAAGAAAAAAUAAUUAAAAAAAAACAAACAAAAAAAGACAAAUAUCGUGGCAGUGGGAAAAAAAACAAAUGAGCCGAAAAAGACCAUUUCAAAAAAAUAACAAAAAAAAAAACUUCAUCUUCACCUAAAGAGCAACAUUCCUGAAAAAAAAAAAACUUUUUAUUUUUGGAUCGUAAGGUAAUGAAAUCUAAUCCACUGAUUUCCAUGACAAGGUAAGAACAUGAGGUCAAUAUAAGAAUUUCUCUCCUGAGAAAUUAAUGCACGGUAACUGAGAACAUUUGUCCUCUUUAUUUUCAGGCGCUGCCUCCGGCCACAACCCUGCUCUCUCCAAGAGGCUUUAACAUGUUCAAUAUCAUAAUAUCUGUAUUUUUUUGUACCAAAUUCAAAUGCUGCUGUAUGUGAAUACAAAUAUAUAUUUAUUUUUUUAA